GAGAGAGAGAGAGAGAGAGAGAGAGAGAGAGAGAGAGAGAGAGAGAGAGAGAGAGAGAGAGAGAGAGAGAGAGAGAGAAUCAGCGAACGAACGGGUGCAAUAGAAACAGAGAUGGCUCUAGUGUGGACAGGUGAACAGACGGCCACGUCAAACGUCCAGAAGAUCGCAAAUGCGGUGAAAUCCGAUGUGGAGAAUCACAUCAGCCACACAGUGGUUACAUACAUAGCGAAAAAGUAUCGUGAACAGGACCAGUCUGCCAUCCUGGGAAAAUUUUACCUGAUCAAGAUUGAUAUUGACACCAACAACUUCGUCCACGUGGAGGUGUUCGUUCCCAAUAACUACCCGGGCUCUCAGCCAGUUCUGCUGUCGGUUGUGGAAAACAUCAAGAUGAGCGAUCCGCUGGAUCCCUUGGUCUGAGAAACGAGAGUUUCCUGACCGAUGCCAACCCAUCGCUGUGCUUGCGGCCCACCCCUCGGGAAUAUUCCCCUCCCUCCCCAACUCACCGACACGUCCCGCGCUCCCGGAAUACCAGCAGACCCACCUCUCCAGCUCGCUGAGGCUACCUGAUCCGUCAGCUGUUCGACGCACAAGCUUUUCGCCAAUAAAACGCAUUGAUCCGUU